UAUUUAUCUGUCUGAAGUGAGCAGUGACCAACCACAAAAGACAACAUGUGUGACGACGAUGUUGCGGCUCUUGUCGUUGACAAUGGAUCCGGUAUGUGCAAAGCCGGUUUCGCCGGAGAUGACGCCCCAAGGGCCGUCUUCCCUUCAAUCGUCGGUCGUCCCAGGCAUCAGGGAGUAAUGGUCGGUAUGGGACAAAAGGACUCAUACGUAGGAGAUGAAGCCCAAAGCAAAAGAGGUAUCCUCACAUUGAAAUACCCCAUUGAACACGGUAUCAUCACCAACUGGGAUGAUAUGGAAAAGAUCUGGCAUCACACCUUCUACAACGAACUCCGUGUCGCCCCAGAAGAACACCCCGUCCUCCUGACAGAAGCUCCACUCAACCCCAAGGCAAACAGAGAAAAGAUGACCCAAAUCAUGUUUGAAACCUUCAACACACCCGCCAUGUAUGUAGCCAUCCAAGCCGUACUUUCCCUGUACGCUUCCGGUCGUACCACAGGUAUCGUAUUGGACUCCGGAGAUGGUGUCACCCACACCGUACCAAUCUACGAAGGUUACGCCCUUCCCCACGCCAUCCUCCGUUUGGACUUGGCUGGUCGUGAUUUGACCGACUACCUCAUGAAAAUCUUGACCGAAAGAGGUUACUCAUUCACCACCACAGCUGAAAGAGAAAUCGUCCGUGACAUCAAGGAGAAACUUUGCUAUGUCGCCCUCGACUUCGAACAGGAAAUGGCCACCGCUGCCGCUUCAACCUCUUUGGAAAAGAGCUACGAACUUCCCGAUGGACAGGUCAUCACCAUCGGUAACGAGAGAUUCCGUUGUCCAGAAGCCCUCUUCCAACCUUCCUUCUUGGGUAUGGAAUCUUGCGGUAUCCACGAAACCGUCUACAACUCCAUCAUGAAGUGUGACGUUGAUAUCCGUAAGGACUUGUACGCCAACACCGUACUUUCCGGAGGUACCACCAUGUACCCUGGUAUCGCCGACAGGAUGCAAAAAGAAAUCACCGCCUUGGCUCCAAGCACCAUCAAGAUCAAGAUCAUCGCACCCCCAGAAAGGAAAUACUCCGUAUGGAUCGGUGGAUCCAUCUUGGCUUCCCUGUCCACCUUCCAACAGAUGUGGAUCUCCAAACAGGAAUACGACGAAUCCGGCCCUGGAAUUGUCCACCGCAAGUGCUUCUAAGCUAUAUCACUAUAUAUACCUAAUAAGCUUAAUUUUUAUCAUGUUGUUUGUACUGUAUUUACAUCUUUGCAGUUUUUACGCGACCGUGGUUAUACUGCCAGACAGACUUUUAAGAUCCUUUUAAAAAUAAUAACACCUUACUUAUGAUAUAUAUAUUUAUUUGUUAUAUUUAAUAUAUUGUAACUGGGCAGGUAAAUAAAAUAUCCUAUCUAGUAACACACCUGCCUCUUUAUUUCUACUAUUUUAAGACAGAGGAUAUGAUGUUAUGUUAUAUUAUACACCUAUUGUAACUUUUUUAAUAAAUUUUUGGCAUAAUUUAUACAAUAUACAAUAAAAUUCAAAUUUUAUUUUUCAAGUA